UUAUUUGGUCCGUGUGCCGACUGUGGCCAACUUCUUCGGAGAGACGCUAGGGUGUCUUACUAAGGUUACCUUUAAAAACAAUUUUGCAGGCGGUCGCGCGAGACGUCUUUAUUUAUUUUCACAAGAUUUGCUGUGCACAGCUUUAGUAACUUAGUAGGAUGGUUGUGCUAACCAACGACAAUAACAAUGCCGAUGAACGGGACUUAAUCCUAAUCGAGGAGCCUCCAAGGUCUCUGCCUAACUCUCCGGCCAAGCGUGUCUCGCCAGCCAAGAAAAAGCAAUUCUUCAUCAACCAAGCAAUCCGCAACUCAGACCUCAUCCCUAGAGCAAAGGGCAAGAAGAGCCUUAGAAGACUAGAGAACACUCGCUACCUGGCUAAUCUCCUGGAGAGAGAUGAAUGUGUCAAAGAGGAGGGCGAAGUCUGUGACUCUGCCAUCCCCACCAUCUUCACUGAAGCCUGCACCAAUGGGAACUAUGCUGAGACAUGGAGUGAUUUCAUGAAUCGCUCCGGAGAGGAGCAGGAGAAACUGUUGGCUCUGCUGGAGGAGGAGGCCAAGAGGACCUGUGCCAACCAACCACCCAAGGACCAGAGAGAGAUCAACCCUGCCUUCAGUGCUCAGGACUGCUUCCAGAAAAUCGACCGCAGGUUGCGUGUUUGUCUGAAGCGGAAAAAUAUCCCAAUUGGCACCCUGGAGGUCAUUGAGGAAGAUCUGCUGCGUUUUUUCAGGGCUCAGCCCCACUCUGUUUACAUCACUAAUCUUCAGAGCAGCUAUGAAAGGUUGUUGCUUCAUGCCGUCUGCCAGUACAUGGACCUCAUCUCCCAAAGUUCUGACUGUAAUGGGGCACGCCAGACCGAGGUGAAGAACAACCAAGAGGAGUUCCUGCCACCCCAUCCCCUUCUGUCCACUUACCUGGGCCAGAUGAGCUGAGAGAUGGACAGGACAGAAGAUGAGUGAGGAGAGGAUGCAUGGCCAUAAGGAGUCACCCUCGUCUCAUUAGCCAGUAGUAUCACUGAGGAAGCAGCUUUAUUAGGAGAUUGGGCUUUUUAAGUAGGAUUCUGUCAAUACUGAAAUUCUGUAUUGAUGGAUGCUGUAUUGAUAGGUUUAGCUAUGUAUUUCACAAUAUUUCCCUUUGGACAUACACUCAUGAUGGUGCGCAUUGUCAAUAGGUCAGUAGAUUAGGGAACAUGUCUCUAGUGGCUGGUUCCUAUACAGAGGCCGCGUUAAAGCAACACAAAAAGUAAAGGUCAGAGAGUAAAUCAUUAUUAGUUUGGUUUCAUAUCACAGGGCUGCAUGUCUGUCUUACAAAAUGACCAUAAUCUCCCACACAGACCCGAUUAUCUUCUAGAGAAAUCUACAAGACCUCUAUAUCAACAAAUGAUUUGAUUCAUCUUUUGACAUGACCAUUUCUCUCUGAGAGUGCCCCUUUAAGGUAGUACAUGUGUAGAAAAACAGUAUUGGUUGGAGGGCUCACAUCUCCCACUCACUUCCUGUUUCUCCAUUGUAAAAAAGUCAAAAAGCCAAAAAGAAAAACACUCUUGAAGGUGCAACACAUAAGAUACCAUCCUCCGACAUACAUACUUGCACAACAAACUUAGCAUGAUGUCUCACUGGCAUUAUAGAUAGGAAGCACUUAUCAAAAGACACAAGAUAGGAAUAGCACAAAUGUUUGCAUGAGUAGAGGAGCCCCAGGAUGUAAUAACGUGACAUAAUGCACAGCAUUAUAUAUGAACUGCCAGUAAAGUAGUAAUGUAGGUGUUCAAAAACAAUACUUUGCAUCGUUCACACAGUGCCAGUAUGCAAAACCUAUAUCAACAAUGUUAUGUUUUUUUAGGGCCCAUUGGUGAUGGAGAACCUACUACUUAUUGAAGCCAGUUAUAACUGCAAAUAGUCAUUGCAAUAUUGUAUUCAUAAUACGUUUAUUUGCCUCCCUGAUGACACAUACAUAAACCAUUUUAAUCUAAGCAAACCAUGCUUUAAAAGAGCCUAGUGCUCAAUGCUUACUUAUGAUGUGCGUUUGUUUAAUUUACUUUUAAUUCAGUAAUUUGAACAAUUGGAAUUCUUUCCAGAAUCCUAGAAGUUAAUGUAAGUGAGUUUUCUAGCAAGCUUCUGGUGCAUUUGAAUUCAAAUGCACAAAUGGGAGCCCUUGGACAAACUAUCCACCAUCCCCUGACUACAACAAAACAAAUGCCCUUUGCUAAAGUUUUUCCAAAAAUUACUACAUGUCUAAUAUCACAUAAAACACAUAUUUAUGUCUGUUUCACCAGCGCUGUGCUCAUCUGUUUCUGCUUAACUUGGGAGAAAUUUGGGAGUACGGAGAUGUUUGAUCUCAUCUUCUGUCCACUUUAUAAAUCAUCUCAAGUUACCCUUUCUCUCAUCCAAGUUUCUUAGCUCAGGGUUUUGUUUAUUUAAUGUGUAUUCUCUCCAAGUGAAGUGUCGUUCUGCAUUCAGUCCGAUUCAAAGGCUUCCAUGCCGACAGUUAUCUGACCUAAAUGGUCCAUGAUUGGGUUAUGGUACCUCUUAAAUUCUGUACACAAACCUCAACACAGCACCACUGCCACUACCAAGAGGCCUCCCACAUAUCUGAUGCAUCUGUUUUGUAUAGGCCUACUAUACCUACAUCAAAACAUGGUACAUGACACAAUGGAUGUCUGAUGAGAUACUUGGGCAGUGCAUAAACACCUUGAUGGUACCCAAUUUUCUUAUUUCCCUCAUGAACACAGAUAUGUUUCGAUUCGGUCGUCAUUUCAUUCUAACUCGAUGGGCCAGUGUGCAAGCCAGUUGUGUCUGAUUCUGCUACUUGCUCCAUAUUAGAAUGUAUACCAUAGAUAGAAUCUUACCCAUCAGGUUUACAACAGCUCUGAGGGAAGUUGCCAUUAUCUCUUGGUACUUGAAAUCACGCGGACUAACCCCUCCUUUGAGCUGUAAGGUGCUGUGUUAUUUGUACAGAGACGAGCACCUCUACAUUGGGUGCAUACGCCAAAGUGGUUGUGUUUUUCAUUCCGUGUGACACGUUUGUACAUGCAGAUAUGUAUGUGUGUGUGUGUUUAUACAUUUAUACACUUUAAGCCUUUACAACCAGAGUCAGUGGUUCAGUCAACCGUUGUUUCAUGUCGGAGAAUAUGUUUUUUUUUUUUUUUUUUAUCAUUAACCAAAGUUUGCAGAGUGUGUGAUCAUAGUGUCUCAGGCAUCAUUACACCCUUAUGAAUGUUAUCUGUGGUGUGAUAUCCGUAUUUUAAAAAGUGCAUUUAUGGAUGGGCCUACACAUUACAUUAUGAACUUAAAAAAAAUACCCCAAUAUGUAGCCCUUCUAUUCACAGGCAGCUGUGAUUUAGCAAAUAGUCAGUAAUAACUUUUUACUAGACAUGUUUAUACAUUGCAUCCUCCUUUUUAAAAUCACACCUGUACACAGUAUGUGCCAAUAGAAGAUGAAUAGUCACACUUUGUAUGAUUAUAAGCUUUAAGCUGUCUGUAUGGUUGUUUUAAUAUAUGAGAUGCUUAUAUGUAUGUUUGUGACAUUGGUGUGUAUUUAUAUUGUACAAGGAUAAUGGAGUGUGGGUUUAAUUUAAAAUGCUUGAAUUUUAAGCAAUCACAACAUUAAAAUGAAACUCUUGACAGGAUGAAAGCCAUGUACUCAUCAAUAUCCUCAUUAAAAUCUGAAAUCAGUUUGAAGGCUGUUAA